CUUGCAGGUUAAGCCCUCCCUCCUCCUCCUCCUCCUCCUCUCACCCUCAAUGUCUCUCACAUUUCCCUUCCUAAACUUGUCACUCACACCCCAGCAAAGUAUUUAAAAAGUGUUCUCUGGACUUUGGCAGUUCAUAGCAAGGAAGCUCCAGGCUUUAGAAGCAACAACAGAGAGGUGAAGUCCUCCUGGUGAAGAUUUAUGGAGAAUUUUCCUGGUCUUCGUCUUCAACCCACAGACCCAUGACAGAGCCAAAGGAACACGCUGGAGAGCUUUCUACUCACCAGAAGGGACUCCUUUCGAUUCGGUUGGUUUCUGGCAAAAACUGAGCCUUCGCUUCCUCUAGCAACUGUGAUUUCAUUGAUGAGCCUUCUAUGAUAGAAGAGUGUUCCCACAGCUAGAUGGAUCCACCUGCUGCAGGAAGCUGCAUGAGAAACGCUCACCCCACGGCUACGCUUUGGGGGUGUCUGAGGAACCCGCAUGCCGAGGCUGGGGGAGGAAUGCCUGCCCUGCCCCAUUACCCACAAGCCCCCUUUUCUUUCCACCAUAAGCCAGACUUUGGGGUGUAUUCAGACUUUUCCACCUCCUGUCUGGCUGCAGCCCCCCAAAGCAUCCCUCGUGAUGAGCGGGCUUUUGCAGAUGAGCGCCAUCCCUCCUUCCAGCACCCGGCCUGGCAUUUCACCGCAUCGGAGGGUCAGAGGCGGCUCACCGCAGAGCUGGCUUUAGGGACGGGAGAACCGGAGAACAGCAACCCUAACAUGGUGGAUGCCACCAUGGGCACGAGUGAAGAUUACAUCUUGGCAAAGAAUGUGGCAAAUGAAAUGGAGAAAAAAACAUCCAGAAGGAAAAAGGGAGAUGCAGAGAGCCAGGACACAGGCAGUGGCAACGGCAGCACCACUUCCACUUCCACCAAGGCCGAAGCCAACAGCUCCUCCAAAGCUCGGAAGGAGCGCACAGCGUUCACUAAGGACCAGCUGCGGGAGCUGGAGGCAGAAUUUGCACACCACAACUACCUGACGCGGCUCCGGCGAUACGAGAUUGCAGUCAACCUCGACUUGACGGAAAGACAGGUUAAAGUAUGGUUUCAGAACCGCAGGAUGAAAUGGAAACGUGUGAAGGGGGGACAGCCGGUGUCACCCCAGGACCUGAACAUGGAGGAUAUGGACUCUGCGGCCUCUCCCAGCUCAGAAUAGCCCUUCCUCUGGUGACUUUGAAGGGAUGAUAAGCCAGUCUCUUGGCCUAUCACUUCCUAACCAGAUGGCGUUAUUCCCACCCAUGGAAGACUGUAAUGUGACCAAGGAAGGUGGAAGGUGCCAUUUUGAAAAUAUCUGCCUUUGCUUUCCGAAGCAGAUUUCUUCUCUCCGCCCCCACCGACCUACCCUGCCACUUUUUUGGUACUCAAUAAUUUUUUUGCGAGCAAUUAAAAGGGGAAAUGGAGCUAAGCCGUGUAUAGGUGGAAUCCCAACGAUUCUGAUGUUAAGAAGACAUGACAUUUUAACAGAGUGACAGGCCACUUCGAAGCUGUGUUCACUCCCUAUUUAACCCUCCCUCCCAGUUCAUGUGUGUAAACUAACAACAACAGCCCUGCAGGUCUAAGGCAGGAAGCAGGCUGUGUACGAUCUUGACUGGUUACCCCAGUUAAACACCACCCAGAAAUUCUCACACAGCCAACUUCUGUUUUCUGCUUAAAAACAAAAAACUUCUCUUUCUCUCCCAAAAAAGGUUUCUGUUAAAAAAAGAGCAAUGAAUGAAUUGAAAGAAGUGAAAUAUGCUUGAAGAAAACUUGCAGCUGUCUGGACAAUGAUGGGGCUCAUAUUUGUGGGGAACAUAACCUGGGAAUUUUGGUGCCAGGUCCUCCGCCAACCUGGUCUACAAACUGCCCAUGACUUCAGAUGUUGUUCGACACUGGGUCCUACCAUCUUUCACCCCUGAACACAGGGCUGAUGGUGCUUGGAGUCCAACAGCAUCUUUCAGGUCAUAGGUUCCUAGUUCCCGUUUUACAAAUGCAGGCAGAAGUUGGCCAGCUAGCUCAUCUGCAAAGCCGGCCUUGCACAACAAGCAAAUAAAGAACGCUUCAUGAAAUCUGUUUCUGUAUUACAUCUGUCUUCAUUUUAAGCACUCUUAACUGCACUGUUUCUAGAGAUAAGGCAUUAUUGGAAGUAAUGCUCAGCAGGGCAGCUGAUCUGGUGAAUCUGAGCUGGAAAACAUUUUCACUGAAGCAGUGAAGCCUCUAUUUUCUUUAGGCCACAGCUUUUAGGCCUCAAAUAAGGAUCCACACUACUAGUUCCAGCUUAGAGGAGGCAGGGAUCAUCCCUCCCCAAGACCAUGUGUUUGCUGGUGGGACCCUGGACAUAGUUUUAGCCAGCAACUGUACUCUAGCAACCCGAUUGUAUUAAGCUGCAGAGAAGCUGAGGACUUGCAUGGAGGGCAGCCCUGCUUUAACAGCUCAGAAGCUACUGCAUUUACCAUCUUUGUGUCAAAACAGAUGUAACAUUUUAAGCAGUCUGCCCUUUUUAAAAUCUCAGCUUUAUGCACAGUUACCUGAGAGUAUGUUUUAUGGAAUGGAGCAGGACUUAAUUCUGACUAAAGAUGCAUAGAAAUCCCACUGAUUUGUAUACCAACCAGGCAUGAUGAAAAUAGGGUCAGUGAUCAUUCUUGCCCCUCACUGUUUGGAUAAGAUCUCUCCAUUCCAAACAAUAUAUUAUAGUGACAUGUAUUGUGUGUUUAGCUUAAUAUUCAUUCAUGCUUCUCAUAUAAAGGAGCAAAACCAGCCCUAACUACUCUGUGGCUUGAGAAGAGCUGGCGGUGAUGGCAUAGGCAACGGCCAAUAGGCAUCUGCUACAGCUAGCUUUUCUCCAGUUCUCACUAUGUCACACUGGAAACCUGGACCACCAGGUUGUACAAUAAUUGGCCUCUUUUGAGUUCCAUACGUUUGUGCAUAAGAGCGAAACACAAAGCACUUCAGGCUCUGCAAAACUCACAUAACUCCCUGUAAUGUCAUGUGCAGUAGAAUCCUAUAGCUGGAAUCCUGUUGGCGUCAUGCAUUGUGAAUCGGGAAUAGUGGAAGCAGUGUGUGCAAUCUUGCUGACAGUCCAUUGUGUGCCCUCUGACACACCCAAAUUGUGCAACUGGUUGUGCUCUUGGUCACAUGUACCGGGCACAUGACAGAUGACAAGCAAAAUGUGAAAAAUAGUGGUGUGAUUGCCAUUAUGCAUACAGUAUUUUGCAACAAAAAAUUUGGCCCUUAUGUGUUUUCUCAGAUGUAAGUCCUGUUGUAACCAAUGGGCUGUACUCUCCAAUAAGUGUUUAUAAGAUUGUGUCUUUAGGCAGCUUUGCUGACUGUUAUAAAAAAAUAGAUUACCACUAGUAAUGUAUAAUAAUAAACAAGCGUAUAUGUAUAUAUUUCAGGGAUGUAUUUCCAAGACCAUAAAACAACAGCCGGGAUCUUCUGGCAAUGUGGGUAGAGCACAAGGCUCUACAGGCAAUGUUCUGUGACCCUCAGCUUGCCAUUGCAGGAGAUAGGUUCAUUGGUUCCAGUGGGGAUUAUGCUUCUGCAAGUAGAUACUGGAUACCUGCUUUUGCAAGCUUGAAAGCAGCUCCACUACUUAUACAACAGAAUAUAGCACAACAGGGCAAUAGGAUUUUCACUGUAGACACUUGAAACAUGUCAUGCAUUCUAAUGGAACUGUGAAAUGUGCAUAUUUGGUUCUUAAGGUGCAUUAAUUGAUAUGUGUCACUACGUUUGAAGUCUGCAGUAGCAUUUUUAGUCACAAGAUGGCACACUUUUAUAACCAAGACAUAAGCUUGCAGUCAAUACGGUGUGAAGCUGCAGGAGUAGCUUGAUGGGUGGUUAUAGGGUUGUGCCUCCCCUCUUCUGGUGUAGGGCAGUCUCUUUACCUGGUAUGUGGAGGGGAGGCCUCCUUAAUGGGGCUGUAGGAACACACCAUGGCAACAAACAUGCCUAGAGGUCCAAGUGGACAUAACUGCAUUCACAUAGGGGAAAGGCAAAUGUGUCCAAUUCAAACAGUGGCAAAACUCUUCCUGAAGGCUUUGAUGAAUCAAUUUAAGAGUUGUUCUGACCUGUCCAAAGCUAGGUAUUUUAAUUAGGAAAUAAUAGCACAAUUAGUGUUGGACCAGAACUGGCAUAAUAGAAUUUGCUGCAUGAAUAUCAAAACUCAUCAGCUGUGAUUAAUAGGUUACUUUGUUGGUUUGAAGUGUGAAUUGUACUUUGACCUGAUAUUUGUUUGUGAAACACAUUUAGAACUCAGAACUUUUCUGGAAAUGCUGGGCAACUUCCAUGUUGUUAAAUCAGUCUGCACAUUUCUGAGUCUUAAUAGCUGGAUUUUAUUUUUCUGCUUGCUAGGCCAAGCUGUCCCUUCUAUUAAUGUAGAAUUCACUUGUACAAUACCUAAAGAAAGUGAAACACUGUACUAAUAAAUUAUAAAAGGGA